AACAAUAACUAGAGAGUUGUGUACAGUGGUCGGUAAUAAUCCCUUAGGACCCGCCACCCAAACAAGUCCUAGGUGACCAAACUCCCCACGCUUUCAUCUUUCACUCUGUAAUCGGCGACUUUCUAAUUCCACCAUUUUACCCUCACCCUUCUAAAAAUAUAAAAACUUACAAAUGGAAGCAAUGCUUAACUUCAACACCUUCGAAUUCGUCAACCCAAUUGUUUUUUCUUUCUCAAAAAUCCCCUUUUUUCUCUUUUUUCUUUAUUCUUCUUGUAUAUAUAUAUAUAUAUAUAUAUAUAAAGAGAAUCAGUCUUUUUUGCUUCUCCUUAUACAGACAUGGCUAAUUCUUGUACAAUUCGUUAUUUUGUGGUUGCCCAUAUUCUUUUCUUGGUGAUUCUUGGAUUGCAGUGGCAGAGUAGUGAUGGGUUUGGGACGUUUGGAUUUGAUAUACAUCAUCGGUAUUCGGAUCCGGUGAAGGGUAUUUUGGACCUUCAUGGUUUGCCCGAGAAGGGCAGUGUUGAAUAUUAUUCAGCUUGGACUCAACGUGAUCGGUUUAUUAAGGGUCGACGUCUUGCUGAUACAAGUAAUCCCAUCACUUUUUCUGGUGGAAAUGAAACUUUAAGGCUCAGCUCUUUGGGAUUCUUGCAUUAUGCAAAUGUCACUGUGGGCACACCUGGGCUAUCAUUUUUAGUGGCACUUGACACUGGCAGUGACUUAUUUUGGCUACCGUGCGAUUGCAGCAAGUGUGUGCAUGCCCUAGAGACACGCUCCGGAAGAAGAAUAAAUCUUAAUAUCUACAGCCCCAAUACAUCGUCAACGAGCAAGGUUGUUUCCUGCAAUAGCACUAUGUGUGGACAAAGGAAUCGGUGCUUAGCUUCACGGAACGCAUGUGCUUAUGGAGUUGCAUAUCUCUCCAAUAAUACCUCAUCAACAGGGGUACUGGUGGAAGACAUCUUGCACUUAGAAACAAAUAAUGCUCAACAAAACAGUAUUGAUGCUCCAAUUGCUUUGGGAUGUGGGAUAAGACAAACGGGUGCAUUUCUAACUGGCGCAGCUCCUAAUGGUCUAUUUGGACUUGGUAUUGAAAAUAUAUCUAUCCCAAGCAUGUUAGCAAGUAAAGGUCUUGCUGCAAAUUCUUUCUCCAUGUGUUUUGGAAGUGAUGGUCUUGGAAGAAUAGUUUUUGGAGAUAAAGGAAGUCUAGACCAAGGAGAAACACCACUCAAUCUUGAUCAAACACACCCAACUUAUAACGUUAGCUUGACAGCAAUAACAGUAGGAAGCAAGAUCACUGAUGUUGAUAUAACAGCCAUUUUCGACUCUGGCACUUCAUUCACAUACUUGAAUGACCCAGCUUAUAAAGUCAUUACAGAAAACUUCGAUUCUCAAGCAAAACAGCCACGUAUUCAACCUGAUGGCCAAAUUCCUUUUGAAUACUGCUAUGGGAUAAGUCCAAAUCAAACUACGUUUGAAAUUCCUGAUGUAAAUUUGACAAUGAAAGGUGGCCACCAGCUUUAUCUUUUUGAUCCGAUAAUAAUGCUCGCACUCGGGGAUGGUUCAGGCGCAUAUUGUUUAGCUAUUGUGAAAAGUGAGGAUGUCAACAUCAUUGGACAAAAUUUCAUGACUGGCUAUCGCGUAAUCUUUGAUCGGGAGAAGAUGAUUUUGGGUUGGAAAGCAUCAGAUUGUUAUGAUUCCCAAUCAAAUGACAAAUCGACAACGCUGCCUGUGAACAAGCGUAAUUCUACUGAAGCGCCUUCCCCUACCAGUGUGGUUCCAGAGGCCACCAAGGGAAAUUCAGGUGCAAAUGAACCAGCUACAUCGUUUCCAUCUAUGCCAUCAUCCAAACCUACAGGAAGCCAUGCACCACAUUUCAAUUCCUUCUAUUGCCAACUUAUGGCGGCUAUGUUCUCCGUUUUUAGUUAUUAUUUGAUUAUUAUUUCUUCAUGAGGCUUUUAUUUGCCCUUUGUAUUAUAUCGAGCCUCUGUUAAAGCAUAGAUUGAAGUGUUCCACAGCAUUUUUGAUAUUGCAGUUUAUACCGAUUAUGUACUGUAAAUAUAACUCUGAUUUCUUUCUUUCUUUCAUCUUCAUUAAAAAUAGCUGGUAAAGGGUAUUUUCUUC